AUGCUUCCCAAGGAAACCAUAAUAACACCGCGGGACAAGUUGCAAAAUCUCAUUAGUGAUGUGACCGAACAGCCGUUCGAUCGGGAAGUGAUAAACAGAAUGCAGCAAUUUAGUAGAAAGUUUGUCAAUGAUGUGCUCACAAGAUCGGCACUGCUUUCUGAACACAAAAAUAUAAGCGCUAUCACAUCUGAAGAGAUUUUUUACGUGGUGGAAAAGGAGUUUGACUACUGUUUUGGGGACAGGGAGAUACUCGAUACGCAGAAAACCCCGGCUGUUGAACACACUGACAAAAUGGCAGAGUUGAGCAGACAUAAAUAAAUAUUUAAUCAAGCAGA